AGUGGAGAUUGUUAAAAACUGGCGUACACUGCAAAAAAGAAGUUUAAGACCGGAAAUUGAGUUGCGGUAGAGCGGGAUAACGAUAAACUCCAGGAUCAGCGCUUUAAGCGUGGAUAGUAUCAGUUCUGUAAAAUCAGGAAGUCAAGUGAAUUCAUCUCUUUAUUUCGAGUUCCGCGGGUCUGCUGUUAACGUCGUUCAAGCGCUGGAUUUAUGCGCUGAGUCCUGCGCUUCACCCCCAAGCUGGGAGCUCCACUGUAACCCCUUUCCAGAGGAAGAGGAGGGUCAGGAGGAAGAGCCGGCAUGUCCUAUUGGUCUGUAGGCAUCUCCCAGGGCACUGUGGACACACACAGCGACAUGGAGGAACAAGAUGGUCCAGAUCUUGGGAGCGACGACAUGGGAGCCAAGGCCUCACUGGCGGGGGGUCCGGGGGGAGGGACCUUCUCCCCCUCGCCCUCCUCCUCCCUCGGGACCUCCCCCACGCUGGAGAACAUCCAGGCGGCAUAUGAGGACGGGCAGCGGGACGCGGCCCGGGAGCUCCUCCGGCAGGCCUGCUGCGUGGAGUGCACCCUGGGGAUGGCCAGGCUGCAGGGGGUGCGUCUGCUGUGCGUGGCCACGCAGCACGGGGACGAGGCGGGCGUGCGCUACCUGCUGAAGGAGGCGCGCGUGGUGGUACCCCAGGACCCCUCGGACCACAACCCCGCCAUCCUGGCGGCCCACUACGGCCACGCCGGGGUGGCCCGGGAGCUGCUGGACUCGGUGCCCGGGCCCUGUCUGCGGGCCGACCUGCUGAACUGGAUGCUGGCCACGGCGUGCCGACGGGGGCAUCUGGACGUGGUGCGGCUGCUGGUGCACGCCUACAACGCCGACGCCCGCGACUGCGGCAUCCACAGCGACGAGUUCGCCGUCAUCACGGGCCUUCCACUCUACGCCGCUGCACAGGCAGCCAAUGAGGACAUAGCGUGCUUCCUGCUGCAGAAUGGAGCUGGUUUCUCCUCCUACACCCUGAUGGACCAUCCGGCCUUCAGCAAGCAGCUGCUGAGACAGAGGCUGAAGCAGGACACAGACGCACAGGGGGACGAGGUGCUGAGCGUGUGCUGGAGCGGCCUGAAGCUGCCCUGGCUGGAGCUGGACUGGUUCAUGGACCUGUCCUGCCGGCUCACCCACAUGGACCUGUCCUCCAACGCGCUGGGCGCCCUGCCCUCCAUGGUGCCCUGGGGACUGGUCCAGCUGCGGACCCUGGACCUGUCGGACAACCUGCUCCGAGAGUUGCCCGCCACACACUGCUCCCAGGAGGUCAUAUGCACCAGUCUACGAGAGCUGAACCUCUCUCAGAACCAGCUGAGCGCCUUGCCCUCUGGGCUGCUCCACCUGGGCCAGCUCCAGCGGCUCUGCGCGGCCAAGAACCAGCUCACGUCCCUGUUCCACAUCCCCGCCGACACCAACUGGAUCGGCCUGAGGAGCCUUCAGGACCUGGACGUGUCGGAUAACGCUCUGGUGCGCCUGCCCACGGCCGUCCUGCACUGCCUCAAGUCCCUGAGCCUCCUCAACGUGUCCCGCAACCGACUGGACUGCUUCCCUGACCCUUGGGCCUGCCCGCUGAAAAUAUGCAAAGCCUCUUCCAACUCCAUCGAGGGUCUCCCCGACACUAUCUCCAUCUUCUGGAGGUCGAGGCUCCAGGAGGUAGACUUCACCGACAACCAGCUGAAGGGACUGCCGCCCUACAUAUUCGAGCUGGAGGCGUUGGUCUCUCUGCGGCUGGCCGGGAAUCAGAUCUCCACGCUGCCGGCACCCAAUAAAUGGAAGUGCUCCAAGCUCAAGACUCUGGACCUGUCCAGGAACCAGCUGGGGAAAACGGACGAGGUACCUAAAACCAGGAGACGGGGGUUCCUGACCACCUGGAGCAAGAGAGACCCAGACCCAGUGUGUGCCAUCGAGUUCCCCUCCAUCCUCAGGGACUCUCUGGAAGUGCUCUUCCUGAACGACAACCAUCUGGAGUGCGUCCCGGGGUCCCUCUGCGGUCUGGUGAACCUCUCUGAGCUCUACCUCUCCAACAAUCUGCUGAUCCGCGAGCUCCCUGUGGAGCUGGGUCAGCUGUCUAACCUGUGGCAGCUGGACGUGGAGGACCUGAACAUCACCAACGUACCGCAAGAGGUCCGGAAGGAAGGCGCUGCCUCCAUCCUGGCCUACCUGCGCGCUCACCUGCGCAAGGCGGAGCCCUGCAAGCUGCUGAAGAUGCUGCUGGUGGGGCCCCCACGGCAGGGCAAGACGGCCCUGCUGGAGGCCCUGAACGCGGGCCGCACCUCCGCCUUCAGCACCACCGACUGCAGCAUCUCCACCUCCACCUGGGAGCUGGACAAGCCGGGCGGCUGCAGGAACCCGGAGUCGAUGCUGUUCAACGUGUGGGACCUGGGGGGCCCUGCCAGCAUGUCCACCGUCAACCAGUGCUUCUUCACGGACAAGGCCCUCUACGUGGUGCUCUGGAACCUGGUGCUGGGGGAGGAGGCUGUGGCCAGCCUGCAGGCCUGGCUGCUCAACAUAGAGGCGCGCGCCCCCAACUCGGCGGUGGUGGUGGUGGGCACCCACCUGGACCUCAUCGACUCCAAGUUCCGCACGGAGCGCGUGGCCACGCUGCGGGCCUACAUCCUGGCCCUCUGCCGCUCGCCCUCUGGGGCCCGUGCCACCGGCUACCCCGACGUCACCUGGAAGCAGCUGCACGAGGUGUCCUGUAAGAGCCUGGAGGGCAUGGAGGGGCUGCGGUUGUUGCUGUACCAGGUGGCCUGCUCCAUGAAGGACCACAGCACCUCCACCUCCAGGGGCCAAAGGCUGGUGGGCAGACUGAUCCCCCGGAGCUACCUGACCCUGCAGGAGGCGGUGCUGGCCGAGAGCAGGAGGCGGGACUCUGAGGACGAGGUGCAGUACCUCACGGCCGCCCAGCUGGACCAGGUGAUGGAGCAGAACCCUGAGAGCGACAUCAGAGACUACGAGGACCUGCAGUCAGCCAUCAAGUUCCUGAUCGAGACGGGCACGCUGAUGCACUUCCCGGACACCAGCCACGGCCUGUGUACGCUGUACUUCCUGUGCCCGGUGUGGCUGUCCGAGUGCCUGCAGAGGAUAAUCCACCUCAAGUCCUCGCGCUCGGUGGCCAGGAACGGCGUGAUCUGUGCCGAAGACCUCCGGAUGCUGCUUGUUGGAACAGGCUUCACGGAGCAGACUGAGGAGCAGUAUUUCCAGUUCCUUUCCAAGUUUGAGAUCGCUCUGCCUGUGGCCAGCAACAGCUACCUCCUGCCCCACCUGCUGCCCUCCAAGCCGUCCAUGGACAUCCACGGGCUGCGGCAGCAGACCACCAACACCCUGCAGCGGCUCUUCAAGAUGAGCUUCGUGCCCGCCGGCUUCUGGGAGCGCUUCAUCGCCCGCAUGCUCAUCAGCCUGACGGAGAUGGACCUGCUGGUGGUGCAACAGCAGCACCUCAAGGUGGAGCACAGCUCACGGUCGCCCAUAGAAAGCGUGAUAUUCUAGUAGAACAACAGUGUGACGAGCAGCGGCUAAGUUCCGGAGGUAGAGCGGGUUGAAUCCCAUUUUUACCCCUUACCCCUU